GCGUAGUGUCCGUUUCUGAAUGUAGCUAUGCUACAUUAAUCCGUUAGUCAUGUCGGGUGCUUAUUGUUACGAUAUGUUAAAAGCGUUAGCGUUAACUGAAACUGUGACAAGUUCUGAUUUAGAUGAGUUAAAAAUAUAUUUCGAAAGGGAAAUAGGUUCGACCCGUAAGAUGGAUCUCAUAACUACCGUAGAGCAGUUGAUAGAUUGCCUGGAGCGAAACGAUAAUAUUAGUGAACAAAAUGUUGAGCCGUUCCGAAAAUUUGCCAGCCUCUCCGAUAACGCAAAGUUCAGCGAAGCUGUGGAGAAUUAUAAGUGUACAGACAAUCCAAUCGUAAACCAAUACCACGAACAGCGGCUUUCAGAGGAACUGGAAAGGAAACUGCGUAUCAGUGGUUCGCUUGAAACAUGCCCUGCUAUUUCACAGGAACAACGACAACAACAUCGCCAGAUACAACAAAACUAUGUGAUUCCAUGUGUUCUAACGGAAGACAAACGCAGGGCAAUUUAUAAGAAAUUAAUGGAGAGUUUGGGUCGCUCAUGGCGCGAGCUUGGCCGCCAUCUGAAUAUAACUGAAGGUUCCAUGGAUGAUAUUGAAUGUCGCUUCCCAAACGAUUUAAAGUCACGCAUUUUACAGUUAAUGCAACUCUUUGAGGAUGAUGAGUGCAACGACCCCCGACAUCGUGUUUUGCUCCUAUGCCGUGCACUGAGCGAAUGUGGCCGAAACGAUCUUCGGCGCAAGGUGGAAAAUAUUAUGUCCCAUUAACAUCAACAACGACCGCCUUCCAUUCCCUCUGUAAUAAGUUUUAGAAUAUGAUAAAUAAAAUACGAUUUUAAAAUA